UUAAAUCUAAAUCUAAAUGUUAAAUCUAAAUCUAAAUGUUAAAUCUAAAUGUUAAAUGUUAAAUCUAAAUGUUAAAUGUUAAAUCUAAAUGUUAACUCUAAAUGUGUCGCCAAGUGUAAAGCAAAAUAUUUAGAAAAUAUUCAAAUCCCCAAUGAAACCACGCCCGCUUCAAAUCGCGCGGCAAAGAUCGAGCGGCAAAGUCAAAGACAAAGUCAAGCAGGCAUGGCCGGAUCUCUGGGAGUCCUGGACAUCAAACGGGUGGUUAUUGCAGCUGUACGGGCUGCACUCCAGGGUGUAGCUCCCCCGGUCCAGUCCACAUCAGCAACGGUUUCAACACCAGCGGUGCCCAGUGCCUCAGGCACUUCCAACUUUGCCACCACCGUCACAUCACUGAGAUCAGCUCCUCUGCCAUCCAUCCCUCUACGUAAUCGGGCUCAAUCGGGAUACUUGAGACGAAGGAAUGUCAAAACAUGCACGAAGGAUGUUGUAUGUUUAACUUUUUCACCGGGGGUAUCGGUCUUCAUUAUACCCAGAGGAGAAACUCGGACCAGGUUAGCUACGGCUGGCCUUGUUGGAAAAAUUUCUUUUUCCACAGAAUGGUCUGAAGACCAAGUGAGAGCUGAAAUAACUGCUAUCUUCAGUGGAGCAUUUGGCUUAUCAGAGCACCAGUCACUUCCAUUUCAGUUUUUGAGCACCAUCAAGGGGUGUAAAAAACUGAUACCGAAGGUCACCUCCAAUUUCCCCUGGGGUGGUAAAGAAGUUGCCUCCGUCUGUUCCAGCACAUGCCUGUAUAUUAUGGCAGAAAUGGAAGUUCCUGCACAGAACUGUAGUGUGGAGCUGUCUGAUGACAGUGAUUUUGAAAGCCCGGUUGUACAACGAAGGAGAGUGACUCAGAGACAUGCACCGUCCAGAGCCCAGAGCGAACACUGUGAGAGGCAAGAGAGGGUGGAAGCCAGUGCUCCUCCAUCCGAUGAUGGGAUGGACCUACAGGGACAGCGAGGGCCAAAUGAAGCUAUGAAUCACUUUGCAGAUUUCAUUCCUAUUGAUAUUGAAGAAGAUGAAGCCAUUGAGGAGGCCAUAAGACGCAGUCUUUUAGAAGAGUCUGUGCAGGCCUUACAGGAUUCAAGGUUUGCAGAAAGUUUGAGCAUAGAAGAAAUGACAGGAAUUGUGAAAGCUCACAGUGAGAGGGUUGUCACAGAAGCAUACAGACCAAUCUACAUCAGCCGAGGGAACGUGUGGACAACUGCCCUCCGACAGUUUAGUAGACGGAAAUUCACUGAGUGCACCGAUCUGCUGUAUGUCACCUUUGCCAGUGACGAAGGCACCAACGAAGAUGGAGAAGACCUCGGAGGGCCACGGCGAGAAUUCUUCCGUCUGCUUGUGAAAGCCAUCUUCAAAGAGAGUGGAGCAUUUGAAGAGUCUCUAAAUGGCUUCACUCCAAGAAUGAACAUUUCUCAUGUGCAGAAUGGAGUGUACCGCACUAUUGGACAGAUGAUGUCUACCAUCAUCGUCCAGGGUGGUGAACCUCCAGCCCUCCUUUCUCCUCUGGUAGUGGACUACCUUCUGACAGGACACAUCUUUCAGUUGAAGGUCACUCCAGAUGAUGUAGCUGACAUGGAACUGAGAGAAGCCCUGAAGAAGGUUGAUCAAGCAUUAACCACAGAGGAGCUGGAGCAAGCAGUGGAAUGCUGUGACUCAUGGAGAUACCAACUCGAAGGUCUUCCGAACCCAGUCAGCAUGGACAACAAAGAUGCAUUUGUGCAGAAUGCAAUACUUUUCAUUCAACGACAGAGCUGCUAUGAUCAGUUAGUUGAGGGUUUGAAGUACUACGAGGUUCUGCCACUCCUGAAAGAAAGGCCUUGCCUUAGGGUCCUUCUUGAUAUGCCCGAAGAACCCAGUGAUGUCCCAGCAGAUGUUGUGGCUACCCUCCUGAAACCCAACUACUCUGUUCUGGGAAGUAACAAAAGACCAAGAGAGGAGUUAAUGGUGGUUAAGUUCAGAGAGUUUCUUCACUGUGUACAAGAGAAGGAGCUUGGGGAACAUCUUAACGGCAGGAACCUCACUGAGGCAGAAAAUGCAGCAAAGUUCCUGCAAUUGGAUUUUCUCCCAGUCCAAAACUGA